ACGUUCAAAUGUUUUGAGUGUCCUGCACUGAAGUAAAUGUUUUUCACCUUGUCAUGACGAUGACAAACGCAUAAUUACCUAAAACAAGGCAGCGGGAAGUAAAGGACAAGGAACAACAGUUAAGCUGAAUUUUACUGCUGGUGUCAAAUAUUUGCGGGUUUUUUUCUAUCCCCGUGUUAUUUCUAAUCUUUACUACACCUGAAUUAUUGCACCUGAAGGAUUUACAAAGCAGGUCAUUUGGGUUUGUCAGCUGACUUUCGGACUCCGGGUCCUUUUUCCCUUCUGAUUUCUCUGAAGAGACUUGAGGGCAGUUUGCACUUUGUAGACAAGAAACAAGUUGUUACCACCAGAGGUUUGGGGGAAUCUUAAGACGGAGGGGCGUCGAUGGGAGAUUGUGCUCAAUGGAAACAAGCUGGCGUCACAUCUCCCGGAGUAAGCCGGCGGUCGGGUUUACCCCUGCGGAGGAAAUGUGUGCGUUUUCUCAAACGGAUCUGCACCUUUGCGCGCGCGGCAACUGUCGGCUUUUUGCUACUCUUGAUGGUCUGCAUGCACUACAGGCCCAAUCAAUACACGCCCGAACCGUCUCUCACUGUGGAGGAAAGCCCGGUGACGCUCUUGAUUUGGACACAUCCAUUUGGUCAGUAUCGCCAACUUCCGGACUGCCUAGAGCUGUAUCAGAUCAGGGGGUGCGCGCUCACCGACGACGUGAGCGCGUACUUGGAGGCUGAUGCUGUGAUUAUUCACCACAGGGAGAUUGCCACCGGUUCUGUUGAUCUUCCACCGGAACCGCGGCCACGUGCGCAAAAGUGGAUAUGGAUGAACUACGAGUCUCCCUCGCACACACCAAAUCUGGUGCUCUUCGAGGGGAUAUUCAAUCUCACAAUGAGCUACCGGUCAGACUCUGACAUUUUCUUGCCUUAUGGAUAUCUGGUUCCCCGUGCGCGCAAAGCAGGUGGUCUCCAAAGUAAUUUUGCGCAUCCGCUCUCUCUACCGUCCUACUCAAACCGCCUCCGGUACCGCUUUGUUGCCUGGGUCAUUAGCAACUGGUCAGAGAGCCAUGUGCGCGUGGCCUUCUUCUACCAGCUCCGCCGGUACAUCCAUAUCGAUGUGUUCGGACGCGCGGGCCGGCCGUUGCCACAAGGUAGUGGCAACGUGGUGCAACUGAUCGGGGGGUACAUGUUUUACCUGGCGUUGGAGAACUCGCAGCACACCGACUAUGUGACGGAAAAGCUGUGGAACGCCGUGAUGGCCGGUACAGUACCGGUGGUUCUGGGUCCGUCCAGGCAGAACUAUGAGCGCUUCCUGCCCCCCGAGGCAUUCAUCCAUGUGGACGACUUCCCCACAGUGCAGGAGUUGGCCCGAUACCUGCUGCUGCUGAGACGCGAUCCAGCCAAGUUGAAGCGGCACCUGGACUGGAGGGGGAGCUACAGCUUACAUCAACCAUUUUUCUGGGACGAAUACUAUUGCACGGCCUGCAGGGUGGUGAGGAGAACCAGAGGAAAGACAGAUGUGGUGAAUGAGCUGACACCGUGGUUUAUCUCGUGAAAACGGUCUCCAGCACUUUUUAAAGAAGUGAAUACAAAGCUGAGGGGUGAGAGGAACCAAGCACAUCCUUAUGAAAGAAAAAGACACUAACUGCCCAUCUGCUGCUUUCAAAGUUUACAAAUGAAAUUUAUUUGUCUUUGUGAGACAACUUAAUGCAUUUAUUUUCAUACAGAUAAAUUACAGAUAAAUUGACUUUAUGAUUUUUGACUAACAGAUUCUGUUCCUAUUGAUAUUUUUUGGUGAUUGUUUAAACUUAUAAGCUAAAAAUAAGAUGUGAUUGUUACCUUACUUUUAAAUGAAGCAUGUCUUACAGGGUUAAGUAUUUUUAAUAAUCGUUGCCAAAAAUCACAAUUGUGCAGGAGAGGUUUACCGUUUCAAUCUUGUUUUUAAUGUGUUUUAAUGCUUUUUUUUAUAUGUUUACACUUAAUAGAGGAUCAGGUUGCAGAGAUAAACAUCUUGUCUGAUUAUUAAAUGAUUAGGAAACAGGGCUUACUGGUCAACAUGUUUUGCAAUUGAUCAAAGACCUGGUUCACAUUUCACCUCAUGCUCUUUUAGUUGUUUGACAUUACAUUGCACUAAAAGACAAAUUACUGAAUUAAUAUAUCUCAUGCAGGCUUUGGAUCCUCUGUUACUUUUUACCUGAAGAUGAAAGGGUAUCGAAUACAUUUAGCACUUAUGAGGGAUAUCAAGGAAGUAUAAUUUUUGUGAUGUUUGUGCACAUGUUCUGAACUGGUUCCUGGUCUAAAUAAAUUAUUUUAAAGCUGC